AUGAAUUGGAGAGGAGAUGAGCAGACUGGGCACCUGCUGGGGGACUACCCCACGGUGUUGGAGGAGGAAGAGGAGGAGGUGGAGGAGGAGGAGGAGGUUCAGGGGGAGCGUCUCCUCUCGGCAGAGGAGCAGGUGACCCUCAUCACCGACAGCAUGUCCAUCACCUCUGCAGACGAGGAGAAACUCCAGCUCCUCAACCGGAACAUGGAGCUGCGCAGGAUCAACAAAGAGCUGAUGCGGCUGAAUGAGGACUGGGACCAGGUGUACCGCAGCACCAGCCUGGGUCUACAGCAGCGCGUGGAGACACUGGAGAGCCAGCUCAGCAGCAUCAGGCAGCUCAACAGCAAACUGCUGCUCAAGGUGGAGCACGAACAGAAUAAGCGUGAGUACUAUGAGCAGACGCUGAUGGAGGAGCUGAAGAAGAAUCAUCACCUUCAGGAGUACGUCCAGCUGCUGGAGGGACGCCUGCAGCACACACACACACUCACAGACUGGAGCCUCCCAACACAGAGUAUAAUGAACGUCUCCAGACCACCAGACACGAAGUCGGACUCCAAGUCCCCAGACCAGAAGAAAGCAGCUGCUCACCGCAACGGGCCUCAGCACACGAGCCCCCCACAGUCCCCCUCGGAGCCCCGACGCAGCGCUGGGGGAGGCAGUAGUGGCAGCAGUGGUGGUGGUGGUGGUGGUGGUGGCAGUAGCCAUGCCAAAACACACAAACACAACAGCAGCACAGGGAGGAAACACUCUGCACACACACUCGCCGAAGUGCAGGAUCUCAAGGACCAGCUGAAGGCUCUGAAAUGCCAGACGAAGCUGUACGAGGCGGACUACCGGAUCGAGCACAAGGACCACGAGCGCAUGCUGCAUGAGAACAAGAGGCUGAGGCGCCGCGAGGGAGAGAUGAGACAGCAGAUGGCGCUCUUGCAGGAACAGCUGAAGGUGUAUGAGGAUGACUUCCAGAGAGAGCGUUCGGACAAGCAGGUGCUGCAGAGACUGCUGAUGAAGAAGACCUCCCCGCCUGCAGAGGGCGCCCUAGUGCACCGCUGCAGCGCCAGCAGCGCCAACUCCAGCUCCAGCUCGCGCCAGCGCGAACAUGGCCAUGCUAACGCUAACGCUAACGUCCAUGAGCGUGAACAUGAGCGUGAGCGCCAACGUUCCCGUGAUGAGAGGAGAAGGAAGAAAGAAGCCCUUCGUCUUCAUCACGACCUCCAUCAUCAUCAUCACUGUGAUCAUCACCAGGCAGCCAGGGACGACUUCUGA